AACGUGUAUCUCGUUGUAUAUUCCACAGCGCUUUCCUCGUUCAUUGUAGCUACUGAACUCGUAAUUCCAACUGCAUCAAUGGCAGCCAAAACCAAAACAAAAGUACUAAAGUUCGACUCCGAGGAAGAUGUGGCCGUGGCUCUGGCAAAAUACACCGCCGAUCUGUCUGAAAAAUACGUAAAACAAAAGGGUUCUUUCUCUGUUGUUCUUUCCGGCGGCACCCUAAUAGAUACACUCAGGAAGCUAGUAGAGUCUCCAUACAAGGAUUCUGUUGAUUGGUCGAAAUGGCUGAUAUUUUGGGUGGAUGAGAGAGUGGUUCCUCUGGAUCAUGAAGACAGCAAUUACUUGCUUGCCUACCGGGGUUUUCUGUCCAAGGUACCUAUUCCUGCUAGCAACAUUUAUGCUAUCAAUGACAAGAAGUCUCCUGAGGAUGCAGCAGAUGACUAUGAGGAGCGUCUCAAACAUUUGGUUGAGAGCAAAAUUUUACCUGUUUCAGAUGUCACUGGGUUCCCAAAAUUCGAUCUUAUGCUGCUUGGGAUGGGGCCAGACGGGCAUGUGGCCUCUCUGUUCCCGUCACGCCAGCAUCGCUAUGAGAAGAAGCGGUGGGUCACAUUCAUUACUGACUCUCCCAAACCGCCUCCACCGAGGAUCACCUUCACAUUUCCAGUUAUUAACUCAGCUUCAGAGAUUGCAAUGGUGAUCACUGGGGCUGAUUUGGCUGAUACAACUAAGAUAGCAUUGGGCGAUGGACAAACUCCAGGUUCAACUCCCCUGCCCUGUUGUGAAGUUUCGGCUGAAGGAGAGCUUACAUGGUUCUUGGACAAGGAUGCUGCUUCGAAACUGUAAAAUACUGUGCACUUUGAUGGAUAAUCAUUAGUAUGAAACAUCCUAUUGCAGGAAGCUAGGGCAUUGCUACAUCACUGUUGUCUGUACUAUUAGCUCCUUAAUAAUCUCCAUGAUGAAUAGCUAAACAUGGACAUGCUUGACUUGUUGAAUUCAAUAAUAAUCUCUACUCGAUAUUUCUGAGGCU